UUAUUUUUGAUACGGUAACCGCACAGUGUAAUUCACUUUUGGUAUGGUUGAGUUCGCCUUGGCUCCUGAUACUACCCACUCUGGAUUGAUCCAAACCAUCCAACAAACCUCAGACCCCAAUGGAUCCUCUUACAGAACCAAUUACCACCAGGUUCAGGACUACUACAACGGACAGACCUCCAACCAAACGGGGGCUGUACCGCGUACCUCCUGGCACCCCGUAGAUCCCAACAAACUCGCCCCCCGCCUCCUGCAGUCUGCUGAUGAUUUCUCCCACAACGCCCAAACUCACAACUCUCAGUCUGUAUCGGUUCAGAUAGAGGCCAAAGAAGGAGCUCAGAAAGAUCAGAAGAACGUCAAGAGUAUGACGAAGACAUACAAUACCAUCAAGGACAUUUUGUCAAGCAGAUUCAAAAACAAUAAGGAGAACGACGAGAAAUCGGAGGAGACGGGCUUGAACAACGUGGCAGAUGAGUUGAGGAAGUCGCAGGCGAAUUUAACUGAUGAUUUGGCUGGGAAAAAAGCUGCAGGUGAACAAGGAUACCCCAAGCAAUCAAUGACCCCUCAGCACCAGUAUCACCAGCACCUCUUGCAACAGCAAAUGCUGGCGCAGCACGCUCAGCAGCAAUACCAACAGCAGCUCAAGAGUCAGCAGUACACCCAACAAUUGGUCCAGGCGAGGUCGCAGGAGAUUUUGAACCAGCAUCAGGAAGAGCAACUGUACUAUCAAAGCAGUUACGUCGGCUCACCUCAAAGGAAUCCUUCUAGAUUUGUGCAAGUAGCUAAUAGGGAGGGAAACUUUGUGGCAGUACAGCAACAUAAUAUGCAGUUCGUCAAUGGCAAAGAUCCCCCAAUGGAGGACCGCAGGCCCCAAACCAGCGCAGACCGACGAAGCGCCCAACAACUAGAAAGAGACAGUCUUCGUCAACGCAGCUUCGAGGCACGAAGGGCAGCCUCCCAGCCCCAGCUAGCAUACGAUGAAGACGGCAACGAGGAGACCCCGACCAGCAGGCCGCAACCUCAGAUCCCGACCCCUACCAGGAGAGGCUCCCACGGUAACAUUGUGGAGGCGCAGGUGAACUACGAUGGGGAGAAGGAUAGUGACGACGGAGGGUUUCUGAAAAGAAACGAACUCGUACAUAUUGUUUAUAAAUCUCAAACAGACAUUCGCACGCACCAAAAUCAAAUGUCUGAGUUCAGUAAUGCCAAAUAA